CCGGGCUGGCGGCGGCGGCCGGGCCGGCGCGCACUCUCGGGAUGGAGGGCGAGCGCCAGGCAUCUCGGAGGCGCUCCUCGGGCCUCUCGGCCGGGGGCGCCGACGGGGAGAGCCCGGGGGGCGGCGCCCCCUUCCCGGGCGGCAGCGGCUCCUCCGCGCUGCUGCAGGCUGAGGUGCUGGACCUGGACGAGGACGAGGACGACCUGGAGGUGUUCAGUAAGGAUGCCUCAUUGAUGGACAUGAACUCCUUCAGCCCUAUGAUGCCAACAUCUCCUUUAUCAAUGAUAAACCAAAUCAAGUUUGAAGAUGAGCCGGAUGUAAAGGAUCUCUUCAUCACAGUCGAUGAACCUGAAAGCCAUGUUACUACAAUUGAAACGUUCAUUACUUAUAGGAUUAUUACUAAGACAUCGCGUGGGGAAUUCGAUUCCAGUGAAUUUGAAGUGAGGAGGCGCUACCAAGAUUUCCUUUGGUUGAAGGGAAAGCUUGAAGAAGCUCACCCGACUCUCAUUAUCCCACCAUUGCCAGAAAAGUUUAUAGUGAAAGGAAUGGUGGAACGUUUUAAUGAGGACUUCAUUGAGACACGCAGGAAGGCUCUCCAUAAAUUUUUGAACCGUAUUGCUGAUCAUCCAACUUUGACAUUUAAUGAAGACUUCAAAGUUUUUCUCACUGCACAAGCUUGGGAACUCUCAUCUCAUAAGAAGCAAGGGCCUGGAUUGCUGAGCAGGAUGGGACAGACCGUCAGAGCUGUGGCAUCCUCCAUGAGAGGGGUGAAGAGCCGCCCAGAGGAGUUCAUGGAAAUGAAUACUUUUAUUGAGAUGUUUAGCCAGAAAGUAAAUUUGAUAGAUAAAAUAUCUCAGAGAAUUUACAAGGAAGAAAGAGAAUAUUUUGAUGAAAUGAAAGAAUAUGGCCCGAUUUAUAUUCUGUGGUCAGCCUCAGAAGACGAUCUGGUUGAUAUUCUGAAAGAUGUUUCCAGCUGUAUUGACAGAUGCUGCAAAGCCACUGAAAAACGGAUGGCUGGACUCUCCGAGGCCCUGCUUCCCGUGGUCCAUGAGUACGUGCUUUACAGCGAAAUGUUAAUGGGUGUUAUGAAAAGAAGAGACCAAAUACAAGCAGAACUGGAGUCCAGACUUGAAGCUUUGACCUAUAAAAAGGCAGAUACCGAUCUACUUACAGAGGAAAUUGGAAAACUUGAAGAUAAGGUGGAAUGUGCCAAUAAUGCCCUCAAAGCAGACUGGGAACGGUGGAAGCUGAACAUGCAAAAUGAUCUCAAGUCGGCGUUUACAGACGUGGCUGAGGAGAACAUCCACUAUUACGAACAGUGCCUUGCUACGUGGGAAUCAUUCCUUACAUCACACACCGACCUCCACUUGGAAGAAGUCUCUGAAGAGAAUCCUUAAUCCUAUGGAGGAGGACUUCCGUUUGAUCUUUGGGGACAGCAUCUAUCAACCAAAGCUACUCUCUCUAGGUCUGCCAUGUCCUUUAUGAAAUGGAUGGAGGGUGUUUUUUACUAUCUGGAAAACCAAUAACUUGAAAACUCAGGUAUUCCAGGUCAUUGAUAUAAAUUAAGAGAGAGAUAUAUAUCUAUGUAGAUAUAUAUCUAAAUUGAUAUACAGAUACAGAGAUUUAGCUUCAUUAUAAUUAUGUUCUUAAAUUUGUGUGCCAAUAAUUGCAUAUGGAAAUUUUUUUAAAUAUUUGACUGUGGAACAUGACAGUGUUGUAAAGACUCAGUUUUAAUAAAAAGUUUAAUAUG